AUGUCGGACGCGGUGGUUAGUUUCAUGAAGGACUUUUUGGCCGGUGGCAUUGCCGCUGCCAUUUCCAAAACAGCUGUUGCUCCCAUUGAGAGAGUAAAGUUGUUGCUGCAGGUCCAGCAUGCCAGCAAACAGAUCACUGCAGAUAUGCAGUACAAGGGAAUCAUGGACUGUGUGAGAAGGAUACCAAAGGAGCAGGGCUUUAUUUCCUUUUGGAGAGGCAACCUGGCCAACGUGAUCCGUUACUUCCCCACCCAAGCCCUCAACUUUGCCUUCAAAGAUAAGUACAAGAAGGUCUUCCUCGGUGGUGUGGAUCAAAAAACACAAUUCUGGCGUUACUUCGCUGGUAAUCUCGCAUCUGGCGGUGCCGCUGGGGCGACUUCGCUCUGCUUCGUCUACCCUCUCGACUUCGCCAGAACAAGACUGGCUGCCGACAUCGGCAAGGGUGCAUCUGGGAGAGAGUUUAGCGGCCUUGGAAACUGCCUCACCAAGACCUACAGAUCCGAUGGCCUCAAGGGUCUUUACCUCGGAUUCAACGUGUCAGUGCAGGGUAUUAUCAUCUACAGAGCGGCCUACUUCGGAUGCUUCGACACAGCUAAAGGUAUGCUGCCAGAUCCCAAGAACACGCACAUCAUCAUCACUUGGAUGAUCGCCCAGACUGUCACCGCUGCAGCUGGUAUCAUCUCAUACCCCUUCGACACCGUCAGACGUCGUAUGAUGAUGCAGUCUGGACGCAAACAAGCUGACAUCAUGUACACGGGCACAAUUGACUGCUGGAAGAAGAUCCUUAAGCAAGAGGGGGGGAAAGCCUUCUUCAAGGGUGCCUGGUCCAAUGUGAUCAGAGGCAUGGGCGGUGCCUUUGUGUUGGUGCUGUACGAUGAGAUCAAGAAGUACACAUAA